AUGUGGUUUGUGAGUAUAAAAGAGGCAGAUUUCCCCCUGUGCACUAACUUCUCUCUAGUUACCAACAUGUCUUUCUCUGGAAAAUACCAGCUGGAGUCCCAGGAGAACUUUGAGCCUUUCAUGAAGGCCAUUGGUCUUCCAGAUGACCUGAUCCAGAAAGGUAAAGACAUCAAAAGCAUCUCUGAGAUUGAGGAGAAUGGUGAUAACUUCAAAGUGACCAUCACUACUGGCACAAAAGUUCUAGCCAACACCUUCACCAUUGGAAAAGAGACUGAAUUGGAGACAAUGACAGGGGAGAAGGUUAAGGGGGUGGUUAGCCGUGAAGGAAACAAGCUAAAAGUGUGUCUAAAGGGAAUUGAGUCGGUCACGGAGCUGGUGGAUGGGAACACGAUUGUCAAUACUAUGACUCUUGGUAGUAUUGUGUACAAGAGGACAAGCAAACGUGUUUAA